UUUGAUCAAGAAGAGGUGUCACUAGACACACGUUCUUCGUUAAGUCAACGUAAACAAGAGAUGCUUGUCCUUUCCGAGGAGAUCUUCACCAGAGCUCUUGGAAUGGAUGACAGUGAAGCUUGGCUUCAUCACUACAUGUUGGGCAAGAUUGCUGAGAAGCUUAGGAAGUCCCCUGAGAUAUAUCUAGAACAUUACGAAAAGUCGUCAAGGCAUUUAGAUGAAGACAUUGCCAAUUAUCCAAGGAAGAUUCCUUUUUACAGUCCACCUGAUCACGUGCUAGAGGCGUUGGAGGUAUAUUACCGUGUACAUGUUUCAGUUCUGAAACUACUUCUCAACGAGUUUCCGGACGUAAACAAGGAGAUACUUGAGAAGUAUCUACAGCGAGCUGCCAAAGGUCCUUUCUUUAGCCAUGAGUAUGAUAUAGAUGGAGGUCAUUCUAUUGCCUUCCGAUCCGAGUCGACUGCUUCCGAAACCAAUGCCAUAGAACCGGAUAAAGGAGUUUUUGAAUUGUCCUCCGAAUUCCUUGCUUCAACUAAAAUAGACACUUCAACUGCUCCCGUAAGUCAAUCAACUGUACCUACAGCAAUGCAGGUCUCAUUUGACGUAAAACAAGACGUUAGGGCGGAAAAAUCUGGCCUAGCACAAGCAGCUUCGAAAGAUAACGAUGAUGUUGUGAGCGACAGCCAGUUACAAGGACAAGUACAAAAAGACAAAGAUGGGUUGGAAGAACCUAGAGAAGUGACGCCUGCAAUGGAGAUGACAGAAGAAAAAAGUGCAGCAGUUACUAGCAAAUUGUUACAGGAGCAACCGCCCCAUGAUGAGAAACUUAAAAAAGAACCAAGCAAAGAUGUCAAAGAAAAUAUUCCAAGUUCUUUAAUAACAGAACCCAUAGAAUCUACGUUACGCAAACCGCAAGAAUCUGUAAUAGAGGAUGACAAUGGUAAUGUUACGAAAGAUAAGAGUGUAUCUAAUAAUCCUUUUGCAGAUGCUCUUACCAAAGAAUCAAAGAAUGAAGAAGUUGGGAAAAGUGGUAGUGUCAGUGAGUCGAUUAAACAGGAGGAAGAAAUAGAAGAAAAGAUGGAAGUGGAAGAAAAAGAAGCAUUACUGGUUGCAAGUAACGUUGCUAAGCAACCAGACGAUACCAACGGUUUGAAAGGAACCGAGACUGAAGUGGCUCAGCCGGUAAAAUCAAAUGUUUCUCAACAAAUUUCUAAAGACGACACACCUGGAUCUAAGCCGGACUCUCACAUUUUAGAAGUCGUUGAAGGGAUGUCUGGAAUAGAGGACACAGAAACUUGUAAAUCCAAGUCGUUGUCAUCUUACGAUAAACCAAACACGCAAAAAGAAGUUGCGGUAGACGUUCCUGCGAGGACCCCUGUAUUGCUGAAGGGUACAUCAGAAAUAUCAAAAGAACACGCUUAUGCACAGGAUUUUGAAAUGGCAAACCCAACAUGUACACCAGAGAAUUCAAAAGAGUUAUCGAUGCAAGACGUUAAGGAUUUUGAUCGUGUUAAGCAGAUUGGCCAGGAAGAUAUUUCGAAAGAUUUGCUCAAAGUAAAAUCAAGCAAAGAAGAAAUGGAGUCUGUGGAUUCGUCUAAGUUUUAUCCAGGGGAGACUGAAAUGCACGAAAUGGGCGUGCCAAUGGAUACAAAGAAAAUUACUGACGAGCAAGACGAGGAAAUGGAAAACACAAAGGUUACAAAAAGGCCUGAAUUAUCAACAAAUAUAUCAGACACUGUUGAAAAGCUAUCACCAGCUAUUCCAAUGGAUAUUUCUCAAUCACAACCUGAAAAGGAAGGCUUGAAGAAGAUUCAUCCGAAGGAUACAACAUUAAUGUCUAAUGAAACGAUACACGAGUCUGGCGUAGGGAAAGAAGCUUUGGAGGACACGAGAGAAAUUUCUGCAAGUGCUGAAGAAGACAAAGUUGGCGAAUCAAAGGAUAUUUUAAGAAGUCAAUCCAAGGAUAAAGAGUCGGUGACAGCUCCUAAAGAAUCGCGUGAAGAAACCCCUCUUGUUUCGAAUGGCAGCAACAGCAAACGUUUUGAAAAUGACUCUCAAAUAAGAAAUGUGGGUAAGGAAUCUAAGACAGACAAAGAAGAGAGCUUGGUAACCAAUCAAUGCAUUCCUGCGCAAAGCAUAGUCAAGGACAAGAAACCGCUGACCGAUGAGCAAAAAAUUGUUCAGCGUGAAUUGAUCGAUGUUUGCAUUCAUGGACUGGAGCACUGUCUCCUUCGUUUCCCUCAGCAUCACAAGUGUCGAUACAGACUAGCGAAUGUGUAUUAUGUAUCCCCAUAUCACAAGGCAUUCUGGAGGAUACCCGAAGAAGAUAUUGACCGUCCCGGUAGCUUCUGUACUCACACACACAAGUCGGUGGACCUCUUAUUACAAGUACUAAGAGACGUCAAUGAAUGGGACACUCUAAUAAGCAUCUCUAACUUGCUGCACAGGACACCCGAGCCAGGAAAAAAAUAUCUUCGUGACAACGAACGACACUUUCUUUCCAAAAAGGCCUGUGACUUUUCUGUCGAGAUCAUGGCAAAGCGGGUAGAAUCACAAGAUGCUCAGGUCGAGCCUGCGGUUUUAUCACAGCUGUUGUUCGAUGCCUACGAAUGUUGGAAAAUCGCACAAAAAUACGAGGGGACUGCAAAGAUAUCUGAAAAUCUGGUAGUAAAGGCCUUCGAAAUGUACAGAGAAAAAGUACCUGACAUCACAGACUUACAAAGCGGUGGAGAGUCACAGCCUUCAGUCUUGGACAGAGCAAUAAGAUUCUGCCAACAAAGUUCAAAACCACAGACUUCCUCUACUUCAACAACGGCUCACCAGACCCCUGCAGAUUCAUCAGUCGAUAGUCAGAUCGACAAUGCUUUCGGAUCUGACGACAUAGUAAUGUCAGAGCCACGUGACGUCAGCAAAACAGCAGCAUCGAAGGACCAACCAGACACGACUUCUCUCCAAAAAGAAGCGAAGGAGAGUAAUGGAAUAUCUGGUAAAGCAACAAAGGAAAAGGAAAUAGAGUCUGAAGCUGUGGCGAUCAAGAAUACUUUAUCCAAAACAAAUGAGAGGAGCGUGUCUCUUACUGAAGCACCGACUGAACCACUAGAGCGGUUUACUUGUUCCACUAUCAAUACAUUGGGAUCGAAAAAUGUAUCCAAAGAAACUAGUAAAGAAACUAAAGAUGUUUGUACCACGAGAUUUAACCAAGAAACAUCAAGCAAAGAUACUGGCUCAGGUAUACUUACAAAACAUUUGGAUCCCAAUCAGCAGCAAUCCGGAAUCGGUUCGACAAUAUACACGAAGCCUUCCGUAGACAUUCCAGAGACUUUUCCGAAAGCAGAGGCUUCUCCUCUAGAAAUACAAAAGGCGUUUGAAUCGGACAGCUUGAUAUCUGCCGUCGCAGAAUGUUCCCAAUCCAAGGUUUCGUUAACAUUGACAGCGAAAUCUUUGGAUUCUGCUUUAGACGAAAAUGCUAAACAAGAAUCGCCUUUGUCUUUAGAUAAAGACCCAUCCUUUACUGAACCUGUGAGUCUUGAUGACCAGCAGUAAUGAAAUGAGUGCUUCUAAAGAAAAAGUGACUAGUGAAAUAAAAACUAUAAUAAAUCACUUAGUGAACUAAAUUCUUUUUUUCGACUACUCGAUUGUCAGAUAUUUUCCUUUGUUCAACCACUUUCCGGCAUACGCCUGCAAAUAAACCUCCUCGGCUCUGGAGCGCUCGAACGUAAUGUUUUCCCAUUUUAGACCACGUGUCAUUCACUUGAUGAUAAUAUUCUUUGUUUGAGUUAUAUCCAUAUUCAUGUGUCUCAUGUGCAAACCUUAAACAAAGAAAUGAUAAUCUAGGGAAUGACACGUGGUCUGAAAUGGGAAAACAUUACGUCAGAGCCGAGAAGCACUAUUGUGCAACUCGACUGGGAACCGUGAAAACGAUUUCAAGCUGUUUCAAGCUCUUACGUCAUAGGUAACCUAACUGGUUCAAUCUAAAUUGACCUAGUACAACCGGUUAUGUGACGUAGUAAUCUAGCUUAACCCUUAAAUACGAGCUCACUCAGGGUUAGUAGUUUGUUGCAGUUAUUCUUCAGUCAAUCGCAGUUAGUAUUCAGAGUCUCCAGUCAGUCUACAGUUAUUCUUCAUUUAGUCUUCAGAGAGUCUCCAGUCAGUUGUUGUUGCAGUUGGUUAUAUACUUAGAGUUAGUCAAGUCAGCAACCUCUACUUUGUAAAAGACAAGCGAAUAAACUUAUAGUCAAGA